AUGGCGACGUUCAUCGCUAAUCUGCAACAGAGGGAGAGAUCUCGAUCGCCUCGACGUGGACGUUCGCGCAGUCCCAACCGCGCAUCAAGACGCCGUUCUUUCUCUCCUCGGAGCCGAUCCCGUAGUAGAGACGAAUACCGCGGAAGGAGAGACCGUUCCCCCAUGACUGGAACCGGCGCUCCGUCUGGAGGAUCUAGCACUGGCUACGGAGGGGCACCACCACACCGAUCGUAUGAGGAGCGCGCAGCCGCCCGCGAACAAAUGAUGAGCAACAUUAGGGAAACGUCUCAACAGGAUCGCCGCGUCUACGUCGGCAACCUUUCCUACGAUGUGAAGUGGCAUCAUCUCAAGGACUUCAUGCGACAGGCUGGAGAGGUUCUCUUCGCCGACGUGUUAUUACUUCCAAAUGGAAUGUCGAAGGUGGGCUUCUACACAAUUGUGGAAUAUGCGACGCGGGACCAAGCCCAGAACGCUGUGGCCACUCUCAGCAACCAGAACCUCAUGGGUCGACUUGUCUACGUUCGAGAGGAUCGCGAAGCUGAACCCCGUUUCAUCGGCGCCACUGCCAACCGCGGCGGCUUUGGUGGUGGUGGCGGUGGGAUGAACCCCGGUGGUUUCGUCGGCGGCGGCGGCGGUGGCGGCGGCUACAAUCCCGGAGGGGGCAGCCGACAGAUUUAUGUUGCCAACCUUCCCUACACUGUGGGCUGGCAAGACCUCAAGGACCUGUUCCGACAGGCUGCUCGCAACGGAGUCGUCAUCCGCGCAGAUGUUCAUCUAGGACCUGACGGCCGUCCCAAGGGAUCGGGAAUUGUCGUAUUCGAGAACCCCGACGACGCUCGCAACGCCAUUCAGCAGUUCAACGGUUAUGACUGGCAGGGGCGUCUUCUUGAAGUCCGUGAAGACAGAUUCGCUGGCGCAGGAGGGCCCAUGGGCUUCGGAGGCCGAGGCGGCUUCGGCGGUGGCAUGCGAGGCGGUUUCGGCGGCGGAUACGGUCGAGGCGGAUUUGGCGGCGGCCGUGGUGGCUUUGGUGGUGGCGGCUACGGUCGUGGAGGUUUCGGCGGCGGUGGCCCCGGCCCCGGCGGUCCCGGCGGUCCCGGUGGCCCAGGUGGCUUUGACGCUGGCAACGCUCCUUCGGUGCCUCCUAACCCAUUCACUGACUACGCAACCGCUGGAACCGAUCGCAGCGAGGUCAUUUACACACGAAACCUUCCCUGGUCCACGAGCAACGAGGAUCUCGUUGAGCUAUUCACCACUAUCGGAAAGGUUGAGCAGGCCGAGAUUCAGUACGAGCCGAGCGGUCGCUCUCGUGGGACUGGUGUAGUCCGUUUCGAUUCUGCAGAAACCGCGGAGACUGCAAUCGCCAAGUUCCAGGGGUACCAAUAUGGUGGCCGGCCAUUGGGACUGAGCUUCGUGAGAUACCUCAACGCUCAAGGUGGUGGUGAUAGCAUGGACACCGAUGUCCAUGCAGGCUUGACGCAGGAUCAGAUCAUGUAA